GGAGGGACGUCCUUCCCACCCCGCCCCCUUUACCUGGGCUCGGAGGGGCGGGCCGGGGGCUGGUCUCCAGCGGGGUGGGGCCUCCUCGCUCCAGGUGCUCGGAGUUCUCUCCAGGCCAACACGCCAGGCACGGAAGCCCGGACCGGGGCUACGACCGCUCCCGGAGGAGCUGGCCAGGGGGAGGAGGUGGGGAUCGCGCCUCCCACAUGCUGGGGGCCGGUGGCAUGGGCGGGGCCUUGUGAGCGCAGCCGGAGCCGAGGAUUGCUGGGCCUCUGCCUAAGUGUCCCUUCUUCAGCACCCCUCCCCCUCCCCCGGGCCCUGAGCUGUCCCACCACCCGCCAAUGUUCCGGCUUCCACCACAGUCCACCUCCAGCUGCGGGACUCCCAUAGGCUCAGGCUCAGGCCCCGCCCCCGCCCCCUGUGCAAAGGCCUGGACUAAGCCUCCCCUUCCGAGAAGCUGUUGGUGAGCGCGGAGCCGAGCCGGGAGGCGAAGAGGCGAGACCCGAGGCUGGAAGCCCAAGGAAGUUGAAGUUUUUCUCCUGUCACAUCAGCAAGAGGGCCCGCCAUGGAAACCCUGUCUUUUCCCAGACUAAAUCCAGCCGAGAUUGUGACGCAUGUCCAGAAUUCCAUCCUGACGGGAGCUGAUGGCAAAAACCUUUCCAAGAAUGAUCUUUUUCCCAAUCCAAAGCCAGAAGUCGUGCGCAGGAUUUUUUUGCGAACUCUACAAAUUGUAUAUGGGAUUCCCUUGGACUCUUUUUACAUGAUGCCGGUGAAUGCUGAAGUCAUGUAUCCCCAGAUAAUGGAAGGCUUCUUAUUGUUGUGUAACAUGUUUACUUACAUGGAUUCUUUUCUUCGCAUCUGUCGGGUGAAUGAUUUCGAGUUUGCCGAUAUUCUGUAUCCAAAAGGAAAACGUACAUGUCGGUUUUUAAGUGCCAUUAUCAACUUCAUUCACUUCAGAAAGUCCCGUCGAGAAGUAUACAUGGAACAUUUAAGGAGAUACAAAUCCUCUCUGGACAAAAUGCAGCAACUCCAUGUAGCCCAACAGGAAGCGUUAAUGAAGCUGGAGAAACUUAACUCUGUCCCUGUUGAAGAGCAAGCAGAAUUCAAGCAGCUCUCAGAAGACAUUCAGGAGCUACAACAAACACUGAACGGGUUUCAUCAAAAAACAGUAACGAUACAAGAAGGAAUUUCCCAGAAGAAGUUAGACAUUGCUGAGAGCACUAAACAUUUGAAUGAAUUAAAAUUGUCACUGGUUACUUUAAAAGAAGAACAGGAGAAUUUGAAAACAAAAAUUGUGGACUCCCCAGAGAAGUUAAAGAAUGAUAAAGAGAAAAUGAAAGAGACGGUGCAGAAGCUCAAAGCAUCAAAGCUUGAGGUGACUGAGAAAUAUGAAGCCUAUCAAGAUGCAAUCGAGGGUAUGCCUGCAUUCCAAAUGGAGGUACAAUUGUAUCAAAAGAAAAUGCAAGAACUUGCUGAGAGCAUGGACAAAGUAACGAGGAUCCUGAAAGAGAACCAAUCCCUGGAGGACCAGAUCGAAAGUGCUCAGACAGAAUUAAAGAAGCUGAAGGCCGAGGAGACCUCAUUGAAAAGACAAGUCAUUGUGGAGAAAGAGAAGCUUGCCACAACCCAGAUAAGGAUAAAUAAGAAGCACGAGGACAUCAAGCAAUACAAACGUUCCGUACUUGAGGAAUGUAAUAAACUUCAAGAGAAGAGAGGAGCCAUAUAUGAACAGGUGACAACAAUUAAUCGUGAUGUCCAAAGGAUCAGACUUGAAAUACAACAGCUCAAAGAUGUCACCGAAAAUGAGAAGCUAAAAUUCCAGGAAAUCUUCCUCUCCUUGAAAAGUGCUGUGGAGAAAUACCAUGAAGCCAUGGAGAAGGCACUGGAGGAAGGCACAGCGAGAAUCCAUGACAAAGCUGUGCAGCUGAAGAGUGAGAAGUUUAGUAUGUAGCCUGAGUGGAAUCGUAUUUGAAUAGAGCCUAAAGUGUGAAGUUCACAGUUUGGAGAAAGGGAAUAACCAAGUAAGCCAGUUUGAGGAUUCGGAUCAGUAUACCGCAGGGCUCCCUGGGUGGGAAUUAAAACAGGCUUUGAUUCCUAACGAUCUUCUCAAACCAGAAUAUGCUUUUGCAGCUCCUUUUAAAGAAACCGUUGGUCAAUAAAGUCAUUUUCCCUGGGA